CCUAACCAAUCAUCAGAAGAAGACUUCACUGCGGAUGUAGCGUCUUACUGACUUUUCCACAGCUCAGACUCAAUCUAAAUUCGGUUAUAUUCCUUGGAUAAUCUUUGGAUCAAAGCAGCAUGCCUGAUCUCUGGCAGGAUGCCAUGGACCAUGCAGUGUCCCUGGCCAGGACAGCAGGAACGCUUGUAAGGGAGGCAGUACAGAAUGACAUGAAGGUGAUGCUGAAGAGCUCCUCUGUGGACCUGGUCACCAAGACUGACCAAAAGGUGGAGAAACUCAUUCUUGAGUCCGUGAAGGAGAAAUUCCCCACGCACAGCUUCAUAGGAGAGGAGUCGGUGGCAGCCGGCGAGCCCUGUAAGCUGUCAGACAGUCCGACUUGGAUUGUGGAUCCGGUAGAUGGGACCACCAACUUUGUACAUGGAUACCCCUUUGUUGCAGUGUCUAUUGGUUUUGCAGUCAACAAAAAGCUGGAGUUUGGCGUGGUGUACAGCUGCAUAGAAGACAAGAUGUACACAGCCAGGCGAGGAAAGGGAGCCUUUUGCAACGGUCAGCCCCUUCAGGUGUCCGAUCAGAAAGAAAUCAACCAGUCCAUCAUUGCAACGGAGUUUGGUUCCGACAGGCACGUUGAAGUGGUAGACAAAAUCUUCUCCAGCAUGAGGAACAUCUUGUGUCUACCGGUCCACGGGAUUCGGGGUGUGGGCUCGGCGGCCAUCAACAUGUGCCUGGUGGCGUCCGGCUGCGUGGAGGCCUACUACGAGAUGGGGAUCCACUGCUGGGACAUCGCUGCCGGGGUCGUGAUCGUCGAGGAGGCCGGAGGCGUCCUGAUGGAUGUGGACGGGGGACCACUGGAUCUCAUGUCCAGAAGGGUGAUUGCUGCAAAUAACAAGAUGAUUGCUGAAAGGAUUUCCGAACAGAUUGAUGCAUGUGCACCUUUGAGGGAUGAUGCAUCUACAGCAUAGAGACAAGCGUGAAAUAGGAAAGUGGCAAUGUUUUUUUUACUGUAAUAUCCUUAGAAAUAUGUCUGUUUUGUAAGUUUAGAUUUUUCUGAAGUUACCAGUGCUUUUACAUAAUUGUUGAAGUGAAACGUUUGAAUUUACAGUUGUAGGAUUCUUUGUUUCAUUAAUUGAUUUUAUUUAAGAAUGUAAAUAUUACAAGUUGUUUAAUGUACAACUGACCAGGAACAAAGUAUGUUUAAGCCAGUAUAAUCCUGGAGAUCUGUACUGUAUAUUUAUCACCAAAUUAAUUAAAGACUAGAGCUAUAUGCAACCAAUAUUUUCUAAAUGUAA